AGGGAACGGGAAGGGGACAGGAAUGAGGACGGGAACGGGGACAAGGACAGGGAUGGGGAUGGAGGUGGGGAUGCGGAGAGGGAUGGGGAUGCGGGUGGGACCGGGGCCGGGCACGGUCGGCGGGGCAGCGGCAGCCGGGCGCCCCCGCCGCCUCCCCCCGGCCCCCCCCCCCCGAGGACCCGGCCGGCAGCGGGGGAAGCGCCGCCGCCCCUCGCCCCCGCUUCCCUCUGCGCCUCCCCGGUCACCGCGGCGGAGGCUGAACUUCCUGGGUCACCGGCGGCUCCUCCAUCCGGGAGCCCGGGCGGAGGAGCCGCGGGGCCGGCGGCGGCGGCGGCGGCGCUUCCCCGAGCGGCCCGGCGCGGGGGAGCCCCGGCUCCCGUCAGCCCCCGGAGCACCGGCGCCGGCCGGCCCUGCCGCCCCCCCGCCCGCAGGUACCGGUGUGCCGGGGGUCCCUCUGCGGAGCUGGGGAGGGGUUGCCGAGCCGGCGGGUGCCCCCGCUCCGGCCCCGCUGGGCGGGGGGGGCCACGGAGGGGAGAUGCUCGAGUAACCCGCAUCCCCAGCCGAGGGCGGCGGGGCCCUGCCAGCGGCCCCCCGUGCCUGCCUAGGCAGCCACCCAGGGGCUGCCGGGCUUCGAAGCGGCGGCAGCCGGUGGGUGCUGGCGGCGUCGGCGUCAUGCAGGAGAGCUACGAGUCCCUGAUCCUGCUGGACUUCCCGAUUCCCAAGCCUAACGUCAUCUCCCGGCUGGAGCUGGAGGAAGAGCUGGGGGUGCCGGACCCGAACGACUCCAAGGAAUGGGAGAUCCUCAGGGUGGCCCCCGCAGAUGACGGGACGGGGAGCGAGAACGAGGACGAGGCUCCCGAGCCGGACGGCCCUGAGCUGGCGGAGCUGGACGUCAUCCUGUCCCGGGGGGCUGAGGAGGGUGUCCCCCAGAGCCCCGUGCUCGGGGAUGCCUGCCAGAGCCACUGCGGCACCCCCUGGGACCCCCGGAGCCCCCCCGAGGAGCGGCCAGCACGGCCCCCCCGUGGCGGGGCAGCGGCCAGCGGCCGAGGGGGGCGGCGGGCACGGCGGGGGGACGUGCCGAAAACCUGCGGGCAGUGCGAGAAGACCUUCUCCCGGCGGUCGGAGUUGCUGAUCCACCAGCGGCUGCACACGGGGGAGAAGCCCUACAAGUGCCUGGACUGCGGGAAGAGCUUCACCCGCAGCUCGAACCGCAAUGCCCACCAGCGCAUCCACAGCGGGGACAGGCCCUACAAGUGCCCCGACUGCGGGAAGAGCUUCGGCCAGAGCUCGGACCUGGCGAAGCACCAGCGGCUGCAUGCCGGCGAGCGGCCCUACGCCUGCGCCAAGUGUGGGAAGAGCUUCAGCUGGAGCUCAGACCUCGUCGUCCACCAGCGCAUCCACACCGGCGAGCGGCCCUACAAGUGCCCCCAGUGCGGAAAGAGCUUCAACCGCAGCUCCAACCUCAACACGCACCAGCGGACCCACCUGGGCGAGCGGCCCUACAAGUGCGCCGACUGCGGCAAGAGCUUCAGCUACAGCUCAGCCUUCCUCAAGCACCAGCGGACCCACACCGGGGAGAAGCCCUACCAGUGCGCCGGCUGCGGGAAGAGCUUCUUCGAGAGCUCAGCCCUGAUCCGCCACCAGCGCAUCCACACCGGGGAGACCCCCUACCAGUGCCCCCACUGCAGGAAGAGCUUCAAGCAGAGUUCAUCCCUCAUCACCCACCUGCGCACCCACACCGGGGAGAAGCCCUACAAGUGCGGCGACUGCGGCAAGAGCUUCAUCGUCAGCUCGGCCCUCAUCAGGCAUCAGCGGAUCCACCUGGGAUAGCACCCCAACAUCUGCGUGGAGUGCGGCAAGAGCUUCGCGCAGAGCGCAGCGCUGCUGGCCCACCGGCGCAGCCACGGUGGGGAGAAGCCCUUCGCCUGCCUCGACUGCGGCAAGAGCUUCGGCCUCAGCGCCAACCUGCUGCGGCACCGGCGUGCCCACGCUGGCAGGAGGCCGCAGAGCUGCCGGGACUGCGGGAAGGAGGUGGGCGCCACCACCGCCAGCCCAGCCCCGCGCCCCCCCGGCCAGAAGCCCUACAAGUGCGUCGACUGUGGGAAGAGCUUUGGCCGUCCCAAGCAGCCCCCUGCCAGCCCCUCAGGGAAGCGCCGGCGGCGGGACGGCCCCAGUGGGGAGAAGCCACCAGCCGUGGCCAUCCCCAACACCUGCGCCGAGUGCUGGCAGAGCUUCAGCCAGAACUCCGACCUGGUGAAGCACAUGCGCAUCCACACCGGGGAGAAGCCCUAUGCCUGUCCCCACUGCGGGAAGCGCUUCAACGUCAGCUCCAACCUCAUCCGCCACCAGCGCAUCCACACCGGCGAGAAGCCCUAUGCCUGCGCCGACUGCGGCAAGAGCUUCACCGACAAGUCCACCCUCACCCAACACCGCCGCAUCCACACGGGCGAGAAGCCCUACGCCUGCGCCUACUGUGGCAAGAGCUUCAGCCGCAGCUCCCACCACAAGCGGCACCAGCGAACCCACGCAGGGCAAAACCCCGUCUCCCUCCUGCCCCUCUGGCCCUACCCCAGCCAGCCCUGCUAGGGGGGGCUCGGCGUGGCCAGCACUGCCAGGGCAGGAUGCCGCGCGUGUUGGAGGGGCCGGUAGGAUGAGGCAUAGUAGGAUGAGCCACGAGGCUGGUAGGUGGGAUUAUGUGGGGUGGGUCGGGGCGGUAGCGGUUGGGUAAGUAGGAUGGGUCAGUAGCAAUGGGACGCAGCGGGCGGCAGCAGUGCUCAAGCCGGCAGUGGCUCAGGACCCGUCUUGCCGUGGAGACCCCCAGGACGGGCAAGUCAGGGGGCCGAGCCCCCCCGUGCUAUGCAGGGCCACAUUCCUGCUUGCCUUUUGCUGCGGGGAUGAACCUGGUUGUCUCGGAGCCGGAACGCGUCCAUGCCCGCCAAGGGCAUCGCAGCGCCUUGUUCUUGCUGGUCAUCAGCCAUGCAGCCCCGUGCUGUGUCCUGCUGGGAUGGUGGGGGGGGGCACGUCGCCCGGCUGCCGCGCGUGGGUUUCUCUGUAGAACAGAUUAACAAAAAACCAUUUGAAUAAUAAUUA